AUGCCGGUCCUCGCAGUCCGGGGGAGGCGCCAGGGCCCUUCAGCCAUGAAGAGGGUCAGCAGUGGCCCCGGGGCCCUUCCAGAGGAGCCUCCUCCGCCGGAGGCGCUGGAGACGGAGGGAGAGCGGCAGCUGAGGACCCUCCUACGGCACCAGCUGGAGACCUCCACUUCCCUGGAGCGGUGCCUCUCCAAGCGGGCCCGCUUUGCCCCAGCCUCGCUCUACAAGCCCUUCGGGGAGGAGGCCGCCGGGACUCGCACCCUGACCCAGUUCCAGGCCCUGCAGGAACGCAGCCAGGAGAUGGACGCCCUCCACCACCUGGGCCUCUCUGACGCCGAGAUCCACCUCUGGAAGACCCACACCAAGGCCGCAGCCAAACGCAAGGAGAAGAGCCUUGGGCUCGGGGCUGCCCCUGAAGCCACACAGGACAGGAUCCGUGCCAUCGAGGAGAAGAUCUCUGAGCGCCAGCGCAUCCUGGCCCUACCCCAGCGCUUUGCAGGCAGCAAGCAGCUCAGCCGGCGGGAGAUGGAGAUCGAGCGGUCCCUCUUCCAGGGUGCCGACCGCCACCCCUUCCUCCGGAUGCUCUACCACCAAGAUGCGGUUGCAAAGGAUGGUCCCCCCGCGGAGGGCAGGACGACUCCCCUGGAGACUCUCUACCAAGAGGUCUUGAGCCCAGCACCCCCAACAGGGACCCUCUCGCCCUCUCCAUCGGGGACCCCCAGUGUGGCCCUGGACUCGUCCCUGCCUUCUGACCCUGUGACAGUGGUGCGGCGGCCGGUGCAGUUUGUCCCAGAGGAGGAGAUCUGCCAGAACCGUCUCUCAGAGGAAGAGAUCCGCCAGAUCCCUCGGUUUGCCUCCUAUGCCCCAGGAGAACCGAGCCAGGUGCUCUACCUGAAGAAUCUCAGCCGCCGGGUGACAGCGGAGGACCUCUUGUCCAUCUUUGCCAGGUUCCAGGAGGAGGGUGGCCCCCAGGUCCAGUUCCGACUACUGAGCGGGCGCAUGCGGGGCCAGGCCUUCCUCACCUUCCCCAGCAUCUCAAUGGCCCAGGCAGCCCUGCAACUGGCCAAUGGGUUCCAUCUACUAGGGAAGCCCCUCGUGAUUGAGUUUGGGAAGGGCAAGGGGCAUGCUACCAGCCCCUUAGAGCCUGCGUCAAAUCCCGGGAUAACCGGCACCCCCUAAGGAGGAAAAUAGGGGCUACCCAACCAACCUAAUCAGCCAUGAUGGAGGCAAAUAGAGAUUUCUCAGAAGAGCCACGAAGGGCACACAAAGGGCAGCGUCAGUGUGUCCAUAGAGGAGACCAUUUUCUCCGGAGGAUCGGGCCAGGAGGGACCCCCAACAUGGGGCAGAGCAAGAGAGAUAGGCUCCUUACUUGAUGUUGCUGAGCUCACUAAAUGAGUCCUGGACACUGCUGCAGCUUCUCGGUUGACUCCCUGACUUUUUUGGGGAGGAGAAAUUGGUGUCAGCCUCAGUAGCCACCCCACUCCGUUGCCGCUUUGCCCUCUGGGUGGCCCUGGCAAGGCCUCUGGCUCCCAGGGACCAGCCCUUUUCUUUCUCUUUGAGGUCAUCCUUUAGGCUUUGGGGUGGGCAUCUUCCUCAAAAGUGGAAGGACCUAAUGCUAAAAUACAUGAGACAUAUUUCCUCCAAGAUUUAAAGGGAGGCCGGGGGACAGUUUUCAGCCACUGGGAUCUUCUGUUGAUGACAUUUGGCCCAAAAAUGCAAAAUAAAAUUGACAGCUAAACAAAGAAA